AUGCCUCCUAAACUACGAAUAGCAAUGUUCAACACCGACACGCCGGUGCCCACUGUUCGACACAAGUGGAGCACAUAUGGCGUGAUGUUUCAGGAACUUCUCGUUGCGGCUGCAUCCCGGUUUACUCCAGAUCUUACAAUAGAGAUAACCGAAUGGGACAUCCAAAAAUUCGAGUACCCUCCUUCCUUGGCGGACAUCGACGUUAUACUCGUUACAGGGUCCGCAGCUGCAUCGUAUGAUGCGGAUGAGUGGAUCAGCCGCCUCGACGAUUACGUACUGGACGUAUACAAGAAUCACCGCCAUGUCAGAAUGUUUGGAAGCUGUUUUGGGCAUCAGUUGAUAUGCCAGAGUCUUUUACGAGAAUACGGGGUGCGCGUAGAAAAAGACCCCAACGGCUAUGAGCUAGGCGUCAAAGAGAUUCGGCUUAACGAAAGGUUCCGCAAGACGCUAGGAGGCGGCAGCGUUUUCUCAAGAAAGACGCCGGGAUCUCUCCGUGUGCAAAUGAUACAUCAGGACCAUGUCGUUAUUCCUACGCUCGAAUCACUUCCCGAGUCAUGGAUGGUGUUCGGAGCCACGCAGCACUGCGCUGUACAAGGCAUGUACGAUCCUGCCCGGAUAUUCACGCUACAAGGACAUUUCGAGUUCAACCGGUUUGUGAACACCGAGAUCAUGAAAGUGUUUGGUGGGAAAGGGAAGUGGCCUUCUCAAAUGCUUCAAGACGGCCUGGAUGGAGUUGAUGCCGAUGACGACGCAGAGUUCUUGGGUGAAAUAGUUCUUCAGUUUAUGCUCGAGAAGGAAGGGUCAGAGGGGCAUCGGCAGGUUAACGGAUUACUUACUCCGCCACUCGGAGAAAAAUGA